CAGAUAUACCAUCUAUCAACCCUCACCAUCUGAAGACAGUGUGGUCCAGAACCAAAACUAAAAAUAAUAAUUCAAAAACCCUAAAACCACAACCAAAAAAUACAUGUACUCUAAAAAAGUAAAACCAAAAACGAGUCAUAGCAAACAAUUCUUAAAAUUCGUAAACCAGUUUCAGAAAAAAGUUUACUAUACAUAAGAGUCUAUAUACAACAGGCUUAUAGUAGAAAAAAAGUGUUUAAGAAGUGUCUCCGAAGAUAACGGUGUGCUCUUGACUGAGUACCAAGGCACGCCCAGCCGUAAUCUUUAUGUUCCUUAUCUCCUACUAUCGUUUAUUCAACUUUUAAAAUUUUCACGAGAGAGUAAACGUGUUUUCCACAUUGGAGAUGGCAGGAAAAGGAGAUUAAAGCCCCUCCUCAUGUCCUGGCUGCCCACGCCCCCCACCCUGCCGCCCUGUGUCCCCCCGCUGCCGGGGAGCCCCUUGGACGUGGCUUUUCCACCUUUCCACACGAACUUCCCAUUUCACCCAUCCCACAGCCCAAAAGUGUUGCCGAGGGAGGUCUGCCCUGCCCAGCUCACCUGGAGGGUGGGCUUGGAGGUACCUGUGCCAGCCAGCGCCGCGCAGCUCCCUGGCUCCGCCUUGGAGUGCCACUCCUGCGGCGCCGGAGUCACGCCGGAGCCACCCGUGCUCCUCAUCCCGGGAGGAAGGCUGGCUAUUAAAAGCCCGCGGGCUCGCCAUCCCAGCCCGGCCUGUGGGACAACCGCAUCCCUCAGGGCUGUAAUUCCCCAGGUUUAUAUUUAGCGGAGCAGGGAUAUAAAAGGGGCACCGGGCGCGCUCCCGCGAGGCUGCCGGAGCCGCAGGGUCCCUCUCCGUGGCCAUGGACACCUCGUACCCGCGGGAGGAGCGGCCGCCCCCCAAGCGGGGGCAGCCCCCCGCCGCCCCCGCGCCCCGCGACCACCUGGUCUGGGCCAUCUUCAACACCCUCUACAUGAACUUCUGCUGCCUGGGCUUCGUGGCGCUCGCCUUCGCCGUCAAGGCUCGGGACAGGAAAGUGUCUGGGGAUGUGGAAGCUGCUCGGCACUUCAGCUCCAAGGCACGGUGCUACAACGCCCUGGCCACGGCGGGCAGCGUGGUGCUGCCACUGCUGCUCGGUGCCCUCAUUGUCACCGGUGUCAUCCACCUCUCCAAGCUGGCCCAGGAGUCCGUCGGCUUCUUCACCUACCAGUUCAGCGGGAGCGACGACGAGGACCAGUGAUGCAGGGUGAGGGCUGGUGGCACCUCCUCUGCACCGCUGGUGGCCCCCUCCAAAAGGCCACCACCCCUAUCUGCCACCCCACUCCCCAACCCCAGUUAUUUUUGUUUAUCCUGUGGGAUUUUUUACCUCCUGUUAUCCCGUGUGGAGCCCGAGCUUCCAUGGUUGCUAUUUAAAUCAUUAAACGCUUCACACAGUG